AUUAUAGUCCAAGCUGCAUUACUUCUAUUGAAUGUAAUAAGACAAAGCGUCAUGAAUUAUUUAAUUCAAAAGAUGAAGGACAAUUUUGAUAUCAGUUAAUGUUACUACGUCAACAAGAUGACAGAAAAUAGAACAGAAGAGCUUGGAAAAGCAGUUAACAAUGGACAUAAAUUGAUAAAUACUUUGAAAACAUGGAUAUCGGACAAUUUGUUAUUAGUAUUAACAUUGGUAGGAGUAUUAUUGGGAUUUAUUAUAGGAUUUUGUUUGAGGAUUUUAGAAUUAUCCGAUACAACCGUUAUUUUAAUUUCUUAUCCAGGCGAGCUGUACAUGCGAAUCCUGAAAUUAGUUAUAAUGCCAUUGAUAAUAUCCAGUUUAAUAUCGGGAUGUUCAAGCGUUAAUGCGAAAUUGAAUGGUAAAAUAGCUUUAAGAACAUUCACGUAUUUUUUGUUAACGUCUACUUUUAACGCUUUGCUCGGUGUUAUCUUGGCUGUCAUAAUACAUCCCGGUCAACAAGGAAUAAAUAGUCAAAUUAUUAAAAAUGUUUCGUUGAAACAGACUAAUUUCGUAUUGGACAGUGUUCUCGAUAUGGGAAGGAAUAUUGUAGCGGAUAACAUUUUUCAAGCCACGUUCCAACAAGUAUAUACAGAUUAUACAUGGAAUUCUCCGGAUAAUGUACAAAGAGUACUAAAAUAUAGAUCAGGAAUUAACAAUCUUGGUAUCGUCUUCUUCUGUACCACAUUCGGAAUCAUACUAGGAACCAUUGGAUCCAAAGGGCAGAUAAUAAAAGAUUUUUUUUCGACAAUAUUCGAAGUUAUCAUGAAAAUGGUUAGAGGGAUAUUAUGGAUAACACCCGUUGGACUUUGUAGCAUCAUUGCGGGAAAAAUCAUAUCAGUUCCGAAUAUACAAUUAGUCGUUUCUCAAUUGGGAUGGUUGAUAUUCACUGUAAUACUGGGCGUUUCAAUUUAUCAAUUCAUACUUAUACAACUUAUCUAUCUCGUUAUUAUAAGAAAAAAUCCUUUCAAAUUCUAUAUAAGUAUAUUACAAGGAACUCUCACCGCUUUCUCCGCAGCUUCCACAGCAGCCGCAUUGCCAAUUAAUAUGGAUAUUCUAGAUAACGUCGUAAGAAUCGAUCCGAAAAUUACAAGAUUUGUAUUACCAGUGGGAUGUAAUACUAAUUUAGAUGGUACGGCUAUGUUUUUAGCCAUUUCCACGAUAUUUUUAGCUCAGAUGUCGGAUUUUCCUUUGGCUACAGGAACUCUUAUAACGAUAUGGUUUACAUCGGCAAUAAUGUCUUUUGCGGUUACUAGCGUGCCUAGUUCAGCUUUAGUAAUUUUAUUCAUGGUAUUGUCUUCUGUUGGUAUUCCAGAUCAUCACACCCCUCUUCUCUUCGCCGUAGAUUGGCUGUUAGACCGAUUCCGGACAACAAACAAUAUGUUGGGCGACUGCUAUACUGCUGCCAUUGUGGCAAAGUUAUCCCAUGAGGAACUGCAAAUGUACAACAAUCAAAUUGAGGAAGAUAACACGACGUUCGACGAUAAUAGAAUAAUGAGGAAUAAAAUUUUUAUAGAUAACGAACACAAUGUAUGAAUUUAUUUUAUUUAAUAAAUGUCUUUUAGUGAAAUGAA